AUGGCAACCUCUCAGAGUGGCUGUUUGUUACGAAAAGCUAAAGUUCUCUCAUGGAUACAAAUAGUUGAGAUUGCAAUUGAUGGUGCUAGGGGCCUCUGGUUUCUCCACACUUACCCAGAAGGCUGCAUUGUUCACCGUGAUAUCAAGCCAACAAACAUUCUCAUCGAUGCUAACUUUCGAGCAAAACUCUCAGACUUUGGGUUAUCUAAAGUUAUGGAGGUGGAUCAGUCCCAUGUUAGCUCAGAAGUCAGAGGAACAUUUGGUUAUGUUGACCCUGAAUACCGUAAAAACCACCAUGUAAAUGCUUCAGGUGAUGUUUACCGUUUUGGGGUAGUGCUCCUUCAGCUUCUCUCAGGGCAGAGGGCUAGAUUCCUCGCAAGAGGUGGUGAUAUAACACAAUUAGCUGAUCCAAAACUUAAUGGGGAGUACUCUGUGGAAGGAUUUGAGCUCAUACUAAAACUAGCAUUCUCGUGCACAGGGCUCAAGCAGCAAAGGCCAUCAAUGGAGCAAGUGGUUUCAGGACUAGAAAAGGCAUUUGAAAUUUCAAAGCAAGUCAAGUCAUUUACAUCUCCUAGUCUUGCAUUCAAUGGAGAUCGAAACUUAUAA